UUCAUGUACAACUUCUUACCAAUAAUAAGGUCAACCCAAAUUUUGUUUCCCAUUCAAAUGCAACCUUCUUCGUCUUCAUCAAUGGCUAUUCAGGUGGUCAGCAUCUCAACUAUCAUCAUCAUCUCCAUCUUCUUCCGCAAGUAUUUUAUCAAGAAAACUACAACCAACCAACCUGGAUUACCACCUGGGCCGACUCCUUUACCAUUCAUUGGUUGCACCAUUCAAAUGCUUCUAAAUCGGCCAACUUUCCGAUGGAUCCACAAACUCAUGGACCAUUUUAAUACCCCAAUACUUUGCAUCAAGCUAGGACCAUCGACCCAUGUCAUUGCAGUCUCCAGUCCUAACCUAGCAUGCGAGUUCCUGCGAAAGCAAGAUGUAGUAUUUUCUUCCAGGCCUGAAACGUUAUCAACUUAUCUGGUAAGUGAUGGGUAUAAAACAACUAUUCUUUCCCCUAAUGGGAAUCAAUGGAAGAAGAUGAGAACAAUCCUGAUCCAUGAUGUACUCGCCCCACCAAUGCACAAAUGGCUCCAACCUACACGAGACGAUGAAGCCAAUCACUUGCUUAGCUACAUUUACAAUCAAAUAGAAAAAAAGGAUACCCUAACUGACGGUGGGUUAGUAAAUAUUCGAAACACGAGCCAACAUUAUUUUGGAAAUUUGAUAAGGAUGAUGAUUUUUGGGACAAGAUUCUUUGGGGCUGGAAUGGAAGAUGGGGGGCCAGGUGAAGAAGAAACUGAACAUGUGGCGUCUGUUUUCAUUAUCCUCAAGUAUCUUUAUGCAUUUUCCAUCAGUGAUUUCUUCCCGUGGUUGAGAGGUAAAACUGAUUUUGAGGGCCAUCAAAAGAUUAUCGGAACGGCCAUUCAAAGAGUUCGUAAGUACCAAGAUCCGUUGAUUGAUGAACGGAUUCAAAUGUGGAAAGAUGGGGUGCGAAAGUUAAAAGAGGAUGUGCUUGAUGUCCUUAUCAACCAUGAAAGCCCUAAGCUUACCGAUCAAGAGAUCAAGGCCCAGAUUUUAGAAUUAAUGCUAGCUGCGAUUGAUAAUUCCUCCAAUGCAAUAGAAUGGGCGAUGGCAGAGAUGAUCAACGACCCUACUAUCCUAAAAAGAGCCGUUGCGGAGCUAGACAAAGAAGUGGGUCACAACCGUCUGGUAGAAGAGCGAGACCUUCCUCAACUUAAUUACAUUAAAGCAUGCAUCAAGGAGGCCUUCAGGCUGCAUCCUUUCGCACCUUUCAAUAUUCCCCAUGUUUCGAUGAGGAAUACAACAGUUGCUGGUUACUUCAUACCCAAGGGUAGCCACGUCUUGCUUAGUCGUCCUGGGCUGGGAAGAAAUCCAAAUGCAUGGACCAAUCCAAUGCGGUUUGACCCAGAUCGACAUGUUGAUGCAAAAGGAAAGCAAGUGGUUCUUUCAGAUAAUGACCUGAGAAUGCUUUCGUUUAGCACUGGGAGACGAGGUUGUCCAGGAGUGGCAUUGGGUUCAACAAUAACUACAAUGAUGUUGGCUAGAAUGGUUCAAGGGUUCAGCUGGGAGUUGCCACAAAAUGAGUCGGGUGUUAAUCUUGUUGAAAAUCAUGACGACCUUGCCUUGGCUAAGCCACUUGUUGUCAUUGCGAAACCACGACUACCUCACUAUCUCUACCCAAAAAGUUGAACACAAUAUAUAUAUAAUUUGGUUUGGGGAAUAUAUAUGUAUAUAUAGUUUGCAUCGUUGAAGAAAUGAUUGCUUACGGUGAUCCACACUACAAUACAUUGAGAAGUUAGUAAUUAUUUAUUGUUCAGUACUUCAAAAUUUUAUGUUUAUUAUUUUUAUUUAGAACUUAUUUAUCAUUGUAAACGGCAAGUUGUACUUGUUUUUUGUUUUUUAAGUAAAAAGCUUAAAUGAAACAUAAAUAAACAAAAAGUUUGGA